AUGCUGGACAAAACAGCACUAAUGGAAAUGAUGCGGCGAAUGCUUCGCAUCAGGCACUUUGAAGAGGCGGUCAUCAACCUGGUGGAGCGCGGCGAAAUCGUAGGGGCGGCCCACUCAUACAUCGGCGAGGAAGCCGUGGCCGUCGGCGCCUGCAUGGCCCUGCGGGACGACGACUGGAUGACGGGGAAUCACCGCUCCCACGGACACCCCAUCGCCAAGGGCGGCAACGUAAAGACGGCAAUGGCGGAACUGCUGGGAAAGAAGACCGGUAUCUGCAAGGGCAAGGGCGGAUCGAUGCACCUGGCAGACUUCAGCAUCGGAAUCCUGGGCGAGUCAGGCAUCCUGGGGUCUUCCAUCCCCGUGGCCGUCGGCGCCGCGCUGGGCAGCCGCCUGCAGGGCAACGACCGGGUGGCCGUCUGCUUCUUCGGCGACGGUGCCAGCAACGAGGGCGCGUUCCACGAGUCCAUCAACCUGGCCGCCGUGUGGAAGCUGCCGGUGAUAUUCCUGUGCGAGAACAACCAGUACGCCGUUACCAGCAGCUUUAAGGAGAUGGUCGCGGUGGCUAACAUAUCCGACCGCGCCGCCGCAUACGCCAUCCCCGGGGUGCUGGUGGACGGGCAGGACGCGCUGGCGAUGCACGAGGCGGUAACUGCGGCGGUGGAGAGGGCUCGUUCCGGCCAGGGGCCGACCCUGGUCGAGGGCCGCACCUACCGCUACUACGACCACUCGCUGGGGCUGGGCCGCAUCGUGCGCAACUCCUACCGCGACGACGACGAGGUCGAGCAGUGGAAGCUGCGCGACCCGCUGGACAUUCACCGCGCCAUGCUCAUUGAGCAGGCCAUCGCCACAACAGACGAACUGGACGCAAUGGAAGAGCAGGUCAAGGCCGAAAUCGAAGAGGCCGUAACCUUUGCCCGCGAGAGCCCCUACCCCGACCCCUCCGAGGUCUGGGAGGACAUGUACGCCGAACCCAUCCCGCUGGAGUAG